GUCACUGCGAGGUUCUUUACCCGACCGAUCGACCUGAACCCAUGUAGAGCGCCGCACCGCACCGGGCAAGAAGAUGUAUCUCGCGCUGCGCGGCGAUCGUUCGGUUUUGGCAGGACGGUGAGGUGGGGACUAGGUCGGAUCUGAAGAUCGCCUUUAUGGGUGCGCAUCGGACAGCGAAAAGGUAUUUAAGUUAUGUCAGCCCGAUGAAGCCUUUUAGUUUUCACACGGAUCGCGGUUCAUUUUAAUUUGUGCGGUUAUCGAUGCGCUGGGUUGGAACCAAUCCAAAGAAUAGCACUGAUCGUUGACUGCGUGCAAGGAUACGUACACGGACUGAGUGAGUGGUGCCUAUGGACUGUUUCGAACGGUGAACUGGAUUUUGUGUGAAGUGUUGCGAUAUUCGUACAGGAUAUAGUUUCGUGAUUUAAGGAUUUUAAAGUGAGAAGUGUUACCAAUUCGAUGUGCAGCUGAGGAUUCGAAGCGUGAAAUAACCAUCAACGCUGCCACCGCUGAGGACUGAUAGCGGUCGGUUGCUCCCUUCAAAGGGACAUCACAGACGAUGAGGAGGACGUUUAGUAUAAGCUCGUUCGGCGUAUUAUUGCUCGUUCAGAUCACUGCCGUGCUGUCCCAGCAGCAACUCGCACAAACUAGCAGCAAUGAUAACGCUUUGGUGCCAACGGGGAGGAAGUAUCCGCGGCAGGCCAAUAGCGUUGCGCCCCGGUAUGAUCACACUCACAUCGAGACCAUCGACGUUACGUGUGACCAGAAGAGUGGCAUGCUGGUGACGAUUGAGUUCGAAACGGACUUCCAGGGAGUCAUCUACAGCCAGGGUUACUACAACGACCCCAGCUGCCGCUAUGUAACGGCCGGCAAAGGGGGACGUUCGUUUUCCUUUACGGUGCCGUUCAAUGGAUGCGGUAGUAAACCGUCAUGUUCGGUCUGCGCAUCGGUGGACAACGUGCUGGUGAUACAGAGCGAUGAAGACGUCCAGGAAGCAUGGGACACGGCGAGACGGAUUUCGUGCAGUCAAGUCGAACAGCAGCAAAAUACCAUUUUCUUCAAACCCUUCGUGGUGGAUAUGUUGGAAGUUGUAAACGUGCCGACUGCUACUGGAGGCGUUGAAUGCUGGAUGGAUAUUCAGCGAGGAUCGUAUCCAAACGUUUCACCUAUUCCAAGUAUUAUUAAAAUUGGUGAAGCUCUAAGUAUUUUGGUGUAUUUGAGAGAUCAAAAGGGUGAAUAUGAUAUCACCGUGAAGGACUGCUAUGCAUACGAUAGUCCAGAUUAUGAUGCCACAGGCACCAAACGUCUGCAACUUUCUGAUAAGAAUGGUUGUUCGCGCAAGAAGAAACUGUUCGGUCUCUGGCAAAAGACAACACAGACUGGAAGUACAGGAGCUACUCUUAUACUGCACAACAAUAUCAAGGCUUUCAAAUUCCCCGAUAAAAUGCAGGUAUUUUUGAAGUGCGACAUAGAAAUAUGCAGAGGAGGUUGUGGUCCACAGGUGUGUGAGAUUGAAGAGCUAGCUAAAGCUGUUGGAACAACUACAACGACCCGUCGACCGGCCCCGAUUACUACAGUAGCCCCACGUAGAGGAACUAGACCACCGCAAACUGUCCCGGCUUCAUUCCCAACGAGAGGCCGAAGACCUGUGACUUCAACACAACCAGCUAUAUCAGUAACGCGAGAAAUCAUCACAACACAGGCUCCUCAGCGUCGCACUCGACCAACAUCUCCGGCUACUUCUGCUCCAGUAUACCAGCCUUCAACAACAUCCGCCCCUCGUCGCAGAACUCGUCCACCAGUUAUUUCCACUACUACUACUACUACUACCAUUAGUCCUACAACGGAAUUUUUCUGCCAGCCAGGUUCCACCGAUGAUCGUUGCAAUAUAAUAGUUGUACCCGAUGAACCGAAAUGUGGUCGUGGAUCACGAGACCCCCGCUGCCGGCAACGUCCAACGCCAGCUCCAGUUACUACAGCUGCUCCUCUUCGUUGUUUCCCAGGUUCUAGAGAUCCACGUUGCCCAACAGUAGCUCCUGAAACUACACCAGCACCACUUAGAUGUUUCCCUGGUUCAACAGAUCGUCGUUGUCCCACCACACCAGCACCGGAAACAACGAUAGCACCUCUUCGCUGCUUCCCGGGAUCUACUGACCCUAGAUGUCCGACCACGUUCCGUCCCACUGGAAGAGGCACUCGUCCAACUGGCAGAGGAACUAGGCCACCCAGACCACCAACUGAAGGUCCAACGUAUCUGCCACCUAUUGAGGAACAAAGAACUACUUCAACUCCCGUUCCUUCCACACCAGCUUGCUACGAAGGAUCCAAUGAUCCAAGAUGCCGUAAACCAAUUCUUCGUUGUCCCAUAGGCUCAACUGACCCUCGUUGCCCAGGAAUUUCUACAACUCGAGUUCCAGUACCAACAACAUCAGCUGCACCUCGAUGUUAUCCAGGAUCAUCGGAUCCACGUUGUCCGCAGACUUCCCCUCCCACACGGCCACCACCAACAACAACAGCCAGUCCUAGAUGCUAUCCAGGAUCGACUGAUCCGAGAUGUCCACAAACAACUCCUAGACCAGCAACGACACCAGCUGCACCUCGGUGUUUCCCUGGAAGUGAGGAUCCAAGAUGUCCGCAAACUACAACUUCGCGACCAGUUCCAACUACUACGCCAGGCCCUAAAUGCUAUCCUGGUUCUACUGAUCCUCGAUGCCCCACUGUUCCGACAACUCCUGCAUUACGGUGCUAUCCUGGUUCAAGUGACCCAAGAUGUCCUCAAACUACUUCCGCGCCACCUACCUAUCUUCCCCCGGUUUCAGAAACAACCACACCUCGCCCAGUACCAUCCACGACGGCUGCCCCGCGAUGCUAUCCAGGAUCCAGUGAUCCACGCUGCCCACAACCGCCGCCAACAACGGCUGCUCCACGUUGUUAUCCAGGAUCAACUGAUCCAAGGUGUCCACAACCACCGCCAACAACGGCUGCUCCACGAUGCUAUCCAGGAUCCAGUGAUCCACGCUGUCCACAGCCGCCGCCAACAACGGCUGCUCCACGUUGUUAUCCAGGAUCAACUGAUCCAAGGUGUCCACAACCACCGCCAACAACGGCUGCUUCACGAUGCUAUCCAGGAUCCAGUGAUCCACGCUGCCCACAGCCACCGCCCACAACGGCUGCUCCACGAUGCUAUCCUGGAUCAACCGAUCCAAGGUGUCCACAAACAACCCCCCGGCCGACGCUGCCACCUGCACCUCGUUGUUACCCAGGAAGCGAUGAUCCACGAUGUCCACAAACUACUACGCCUCGGCCUGUUCCGACUACUACACCAGGACCUAGAUGUUAUCCUGGCUCAACUGAUCCUCGCUGCCCCACACCACCACCAACAACGCAAGCGCCACGUUGCUACCCCGGUUCGACUGAUCCUAGAUGCCCACAAACCACUACUCCAGCUCCAUUACGUUGUUAUCCAGGCAGCAGUGAUCCUCGUUGUCCUCAGACAACCACUCCAAGACCUCAACCCACAACAACUCCGGCUCCGAGAUGUUAUCCAGGGUCUAGUGAUCCACGGUGUCCUACCGUACCCACUACAACUCAGGCACCUCGCUGCUUUCCAGGUUCUACUGAUCCAAGGUGUCCACAGACAACUCCCGCACCUAAAUGUUACCCAGGAUCGACUGAUGCUCGUUGUCCAACGACACCGAGACCUCCACCAUCAACAACUCCGUCCUGUUAUCCAGGUUCACCCGAUCCAAGAUGCCCAACAACUCAACGGCCAACGCCCCCAACAACACCAGCUCUUCGUUGUUAUCCAGGAUCAACUGAUAUUAGAUGUCCACAAACUACGACAUCCGCUCCAACGUAUCUUCCACCGACAUUGCAGCCUACAACUCCCGCAGCACCACGAUGCUUUCCAGGUUCCUCCGAUCCACGGUGUCCAACACCGCCUCCGACCACUGCUGCUCCUCGAUGCUACCCUGGUUCUACCGAUCCUCGAUGCCCUCAAACAACUCAACGACCAACAAGUCCGCCACAGCCAAGAUGUUUUCCGGGUAGCUCUGAUCCACGAUGCCCUCAAACAACCACACAGAGGCCAGUACCAACAACUACAGCAGCUCCAAUUUGCUAUCCGGGAUCUACCGACUAUAGAUGCCCAACGACACCAAAGCCAGUACAAACAACCACGGCUGCACCCAGAUGCUAUCCUGGCUCAACCGAUAUUCGUUGUCCUACGACAACUAGACCAGCUCCCACUACGACUCCAGCAUUACGCUGUUAUCCGGGAUCUUCAGAUCCUCGGUGUCCUACGACACCACGUCCAGUGCCAACUACGACCGCUGGUCCAAAAUGCUAUCCUGGAUCAACUGAUCCAAGAUGCCCUACGACCCCUCGCCCAGCACCAACGACAACUGCUGCCCCAAGAUGUUAUCCAGGAUCUACCGAUGCACGUUGUCCUACCACGCCAAGACCUACGCCUACUACCACUCCAGCUCUUCGUUGCUACCCAGGCUCUACUGAUCCACGAUGUCCCACAACUCCUAAACCGACUACCACUGCUGCCCCACGAACGACAACGCCACGGCCUGUUCAAACAACAACGCCUGCCUUGCGGUGCUAUCCAGGUUCACCAGAUAUUCGAUGCCCAACUACGCCACGACCAACAUCACAGCCGGCCACAUAUCUUCCACCAGCACCACAACCCCAAACUACGGCUGCCCCAAGAUGUUAUCCAGGCUCUACUGAUUCUCGUUGCCCUGUACAAACCACUGCGAAGCCAAACUGCUUCCCGGGUAGUACCAAUCCACUUUGUCCUCGGAUUGUAACAACCACACCUAGACCGGCUCCAACCACUACUGCGGCUCCGCGAUGCUAUCCAGGGUCUUCUGAUCCCAGGUGCCCGACGACUGCAAGACCAGUACCGUCAACGACAGCUGCUCCGAAUUGUUAUCCGGGCUCACAAGAUCCUCGCUGUCCUCGACCAGUUUCGACUACACCAGCGUUACGUUGCUUCCCAGGUUCAACAGAUUCACGGUGUCCAACGACGCCUCGACCGGCACCAAGCACAACGGCUGCUCCCAAAUGCUAUCCAGGGUCAAACGAUCCACGUUGCCCACGUCCCGUAUCGACAACACCGGCCCUGCGGUGCUAUCCAGGAUCGUCAGACCCACGGUGCCCAACGACUCCGAGACCGGUGAUAACAACACAGCGAUUAGUGCCAACUACAACGGCUGCUCCCAAAUGCUAUCCAGGGUCAACAGAUCCACGUUGUCCACGUCCCGUAUCAACAACACCAGCUCUGCGCUGCUAUCCUGGAUCGACUGACCCACGGUGCCCAACGACUCCGAGACCGGUGAUAACAACACAACGAUUAGUGCCAACAACAACGGCAGCUCCUAACUGCUAUCCAGGAUCGAAUGAUCCACGUUGUCCACGUCCCGUAUCAACAACACCAGCUCUGCGCUGCUAUCCUGGAUCGACUGACCCACGGUGCCCAACGACUCCGCGACCAUUUGUUACUACACCCCGGCCAGCUCCAACCACAACCGCUGCACCACGAUGUUUCCCAGGAUCUACGGACCCGCGUUGUCCUACAACUCCACGACCAACUGCUCCUACAACCCCCGCUCUAAGAUGCUAUCCAGGAUCUCUCGACCCCCGAUGCCCAACAACCACUCGCAAGCCUUGCUAUCCAGGAUCACCAGAUCUAGCCUGUCCGAGGGCUUUCGUUACUACAACUCCGUCAUCUUGCUAUCCAGGAUCACCUGAUCCCAACUGUCCACAACCGUAUCGACCUAGCAGUACCAAUCCACCAGCCACCUAUUUACCGCCACUGCCAGCCGGUCUUCGACUCGUUCGUCAUUUAAGUGAAAAUACACUGAACGAAAUUAACGCACUGGCCGAACAGGCGGAACCUGUCCAGAUUGAGGAGAUUGCCGUCGAAGAGGAGCAAAGCGCAACGCUAGAGCGCAGCAAACGGGACUUGUCGGAAGCUGCGAAGGAAAUCAUCUCGAUCACACUCAGCGUUAAGGGAUUCCAGUUUGCACCGCCACACUGAAAGUGGAAUUCCGGAAAAAAGUUACAUCUGAAAAAUACUCCCGAAAAGAAAGAACAAUAAUUUGACGAAGAUCUGUUGGUGAAUGCGAUUCCACCAGGAAGAGUUUCAAAACUGUACAUAUUGCCAAGCAAAAUCGAAGAAACGUUGUUGUUGUUGCCUUGGUUGUUGUAAAUAAAGAGAAAUAUGCUAAGUUAAA